UGCAGUUCAAAAGGACAGAGCAAAAAUGGCCUCUUAAACUGAUUCCUUGCAUGAGAAAAAAUACCUUGUGAAAUAAGGACUGUAGAAAUCCGUUAACCUCGGAAUAAAAUCAACCAUCAACAUCACUCCGUUGUACUAUUUAUGUGUGUGACUGAAAUUCGGAAAAUAUGAUUGUACAGGAGCCCGUUCAGGCGUCCAUAUGGCAUUGUCUGAAUCAUUAUGCAUAUGCAGAUGCCAUUUUUCUGGCAGAGCGACUGUUUGCUGAAGUGGACAACGAGGACACUCUCUUCCUCCUGGCCACCUGUUACUACCGAUCGGGGAGACUACGUCAGGCCCACGGUUUGCUCUCGAAGAAGGCCCCGACCUCCUCCCAAUGUAGAUUUCUCCUGGCAAAAUGUUGUUUCGACCUGGAGAAAUACGCAGACGCAGAGGCAGCUAUCGUUGGUGGUUAUUACAAACAAAUAAAGAGUCUCGAGGACAUCGUAAUGCAAUUUGGGGAUCAGGCGUGCUUCUCCCUCCAGAUAAUCGCCAAAAUCUACUACAAGAUGAUGAGAACAGCGAAGGCUGUGGAGGCCCACAAGCUCGCUCUAAAGCUCAACCCCUUCCUGUGGCAUUCCUUUGAGGAGCUGUGCAACGUGGGUGAAAAAGUGGAUCCAUCGAAAAUAUUCCAGCUUGAGAAGCUCGACAAUUUCGCCAUGUGUCAUGGAACAAACCAGUUAAACUACAUCUCCGAGCCCGACUUUAUCGUUCCCAACACCAACAACAACUCGCCAAUUCAAAAUAGUAAUAAUAUGACCCCAACACAGGGCGUCAUUGUGAAUGGAACGUCGCCAGGGGUGAGGCUGUACCCGGGAGUUGACGAGAGCCCCCAGCUGGCGUCGAUAAAUUACAACAAUCCACCAACGAUAUCACCAAGAGGUAAACCUCCGCGUUACAGAAGUAUGUUCAGUAAUUCGAUGAGUCCCCUGACACCUAGCUUUGGUAUUCUGCCACUGGAGACCAAUACUCCUGAGCCUGUGCUGCCCGCUCACGUGACCCUCACAGAGGCCAAUGACCAGAAGAGCCUGGCAAAACGUGUGAGCAGCCUCCGUGCCCACGUAGGCCAACUCAUGUCCAGGAAGGAGACGCCCCUGCAGCAGGGCAAGCCCGUUUUUUCCCAAUCAGGUAACACUAGCAACACCGCUAACAUCGUCACUGUCACACCAACGACCCCAACCCCACCGCCUCCCACUCUUCAGGGUCCAAAUGUCCGACGAUCAUCGAGGCUCUUCCUCAGCAACAGUUACUCGGUAAAGGAGAACAACAAAUCACCGAAUCGAAACAAAUUCGCCACCCCCAAGUCGCCAAGCAGAAAGACCAAAGCACGUUUAUCAAAGACUAAUUUAAAUAAAACAAAUUUUAAUGAGAUCAAUGAGCGCAAUAGAAGUGAGAAGGAGAAGAGUGAGACGAUAACUUCGGAGAAGAUGGUUGCCACAACGAAUGCGCUUAAUCAGAGCAAUGUUUCUCAUUGUGCUCUCAUGGUGCAGAAACAGUGCGCUGAGGGUCUUAUGUCCCUUCUGCGAGACCUGGGGAUGGCCUACCAGAAUUUGAGUCAAUUCAACUGUGUCCAGGCUGUAGAAAUACUUAAUACACUUCCAACUCAUCACUAUAAUACGGGAUGGGUGUUGUCUAUGUUGGCUAAAGCGUAUUUUGAGAUGAAUGAUUACAAGAAAGCAGCUAGUUAUUUCGCUGAGGUCAGACAACUGGAGCCCCAACGCACUGAUCUAAUGGAAAUAUACAGCACUGUACUCUGGCAUUUGCAUUUGGAAGUUCAGUUGUCUACUCUAGCCCAGGAACUCGUCGCUGAAGAUCGCAAUUCACCGGCCGCCUGGUGUGCAACUGGAAAUUUAUUCUCAGCACAAACAGAGCAUGAGACUGCCAUUAAGUUCUUUCAACGUGCUAUUCAAGUUGAUCCGAGUUUUCCGUACGCUUAUACACUUCUGGGUCAUGAAUAUGUGUUGACUGAGGAACUUGAUAAAGCCAUUACAGCCUUCAGGAAUGCUAUUAGGCUCGAUCCUAGACACUACAAUGCCUGGUUUGGACUUGGCACGAUAUUCUCCAAACAAGAGCAAUAUAGUCUCGCAGAAUUGCACUUCAAGCGUGCACUUCUAAUAAACCCUCAUCAUUCAGCGAUAAUGUGUCAUAUCGGGGUGGUUCAGCAUGCGUUGAAGAAGACAGAUAAGGCACUGCAGACGUUGAACAAAGCCAUUGAUAACGCCUCCGACAACACCCUGUGCAAGUUUCACCGGGCCAGUAUCAAUUUUUCAGUUGGUCGACAUACCGAGGCACUCAGAGAAUUCGAGGAACUGAAAAAUAUUGCACCCAAAGAAUCUCUAGUCUAUUAUUCAAUAGGAAAAGUUCAUAAAAAAUUAGGCAAUACCCAUCUCGCUUUGAUGUACUUCAGCUGGGCGACUGAUCUGGAUCCAAAGGGGGUUAAUAGUCAAAUCAAAGAGGCUAUCUUAAGUCCUGGACAGGGCGAGGAGGAUUCACCUUCAGCCCAGUCUGGAGAUGAUCCACAAGCUCCGAACGUGUCCACCGACCAAGAGGCCGAAACGAGUGGAGAAGUUAGUGUGGAGGGAAGUGGUCUUGCGAGAACAGUCAGCAUCGAAGCCCAUGCCGAUGACAGCGAUGAUAGUUUAUGAAGACACCGGGUCGGCCGCUCGAGCACGAUACUUGCGGACCGCUUCAAUUCAGUGCGUCGCCACAACGCCCGAACCCACCGUCGCCAACGACGUAGACGUCGUCGUCGUGUGUCCUGAAAUUCAAUCCCCAAAUUUCCCCGAUCCACCGAAUGAUACAAUAAUUUACCAUAUUUUUUAACUAUCACAAUCAAAAGAACAAUAUUGUCUGCAUCAAGCGCAUCCUCCAGGCCGUUCAUUUUUUCUUAUUGAUAUAAAAGUUGAUUGAAAUUUAAAUUUGACAGUUUUCCAUGUUUCUUAAGUUCCCUUUGAUUAUUGGAAACGUGAAUAAAACGAAAAAAUGCCAAAGUUGAAUGUGGCUUAGGCCUUGGUAUCAAAUUCUUCAAUUCGGUAGCCAAGUGAUGAAA